UUGAAUAGGCCUCGGCCUUUCAGCAUUCCACAUCAUUUUGGAUAUGCUGGUCACGUUAUGCUCAUCCUCAAUAGUGGCGUGCAAUACUAAGAUCAAGCACAAUCAACAUAGUCACGCUUCGAUCCUCUGGCUCCUAAUUUUUUUUAAGUAGGCCAGCAGAAUACCAGAGCACUCUUAGCAUAGAGCUAUGCUCUUAGGUGUGACCAAUGCGAUCGGCUUGACAGCAAUAAUCCCUGAUAUAUAAUAGCGCCUGGCAAGCAUAUCGAUUGAUUCGAGUACAAUUCGAACGGUGUUCAAUCGAAGUCUGCAUCAGACGUCUUGCGAUAUAGUAUUGCUAAACUUCCUUCUUUAUUCCAACAUGGGGAACCAACCUUCGAAGAAGAAGAAUAUCAUCGUUCACGUGAAGACGGGCGAACGGAUCGGCAUGGGCACGGACGACAACGUCUUCGUCGUCCUACACGACGAGAACGGACAACGGACCCGCAAGAUCAAGCUCGACAACCUAGCCAAGAACGACUUCGAGUCCGGCCAGCUUGACAGCUUCUCCGUCGCGAUCGAGAACGGGGACUUCGGGGACCCUGCCUACCUUGAGCUUCGCCGGGACAAGGUGGGGCUCCAUGAUGACGAGUGGUACUGUGAGUUCGUUAGAGUUCUGAACGAGAAGACUCAGAGACUUCACAUGUUUCCUAUCCAUAGGUGGGUUCGGGAUGGCUACCCUAUCAAGGUCAAGGAACACGAUGCUGUCCUUCCGCAGGACGAUGAGCACAUCGUCCAGAGACAGGAGGAACUCCAGAGGAAGCGGGCGAUGUAUACUCCGAAGUUCAUGAAGGCAACGGGCAUGAUCAUGGUUGAGAAUCUUCCAAAAGAUGAGACGUUUUCUAUCAGUCAUCAGUGGGAUCUCAAAUCACUUGGAAUGCAGCUAAAAAUGGAGAAUCGAGUUGUCGGAUUCACAACAGAAAGAUUUGAAUCCUUACAAGAUAUGGAGGAGAUCUACAAACCACCCCACUUCCCAAAGCCUCGCAUAAUGGAUAAUUGGAAGUCGGAUAAAGAGUUUGGUAAUCAGCGGUUAUCAGGAUGCAACCCUACCGUGAUCAGACUCUGUACCAAGAUACCAUCCAAUCUCGCAUUGGAUGAGAAAGAGGUUGAGCCUCUUCUCGAAGGCCUAACGAUACCGGAAGCGAUACAAAAGAAACGAUUAUUCAUUAUCGAUCACAAGCUCCUCCAAGACCUGCCAUGUACAGACGGCCGAAAGAUUUGUGCACCCCUUUGUCUUUUCUUCGUCAACAACGCCAAGUAUCUGAUGCCGGUUGCCAUUCAACUCAAUCAAGUCCCCGCACCAAAUAAUCCGGUGUUUUACCCGACCGACCCGGAGUACACCUGGCUCUUGGCUAAGUGCUUCUUCAACCUCGCCGAUGCGGCCAUCCACGAGUCGGCCACCCAUCUUGGCUUUACCCAUCUGAUCGGUGAAAUCGUCGUCAUAGCAACGCAUCGUUCUCUGUCUCCAUCGCAUCCCAUCUUUCGUCUUCUCGCUCCCCACUUCAUGUAUUUAGUCGCCAUCAACAACAAAGGAAUGGCCCCUCUGCUUGGACAGGGCAACUUCACUGACCAAAAUAUGAUCAUCGGUGCUACGGGAAUGGCAGAGAUCAUUAAACGUACCUACGCUACUUGGCGAUUGGACGUAGAGGGCUCCCUCGAGACUGACCUUCUUGUACGCGGUGUCUCCGACCCUGAAGUGUUACCCAACUACCACUACCGCGAUGAUGCCUUGCUCCUGCGUGAAGCAAUAUCAGACUACGUCAAGGAAGUCGUAGACCAUUAUUACGAUCAUCCUAGGAAGAUAGCUGCCGAUUCCGAAUUGCAAGAAUGGAUCCGAUUCAUAGGUACCAAACCAAGAUUCGAGGGAGAGAUCAUUGGUCACAUGAAGGGACUUCCUAAUGAUGGCGAGUUCAAAACAGCUGAAGAAAUCGCCACCGUUGUUACAGACUUCAUUUUCAUCUACAGCGCUGGACAUGCCGCAUCAAACUUCGGCCAGUAUAAUAACUAUGGUUUCCCACCCGCCUACCCUAUCUGGAUGAGUGGAUCGCCGCCAGAAGAUAAGACUCCUCGCUCUGAAGCUGACAUUGUUGAGCAGUUACCCAACAAGAAACAGACUUUGGAUAUUAUGGCGUUCAUGAGAUUACUGAGUACCAGAGGCAGCAAGCCACUCGCAGACUUCGAGGUCCAGUACAUGCAUGGCCCAGCAUAUCAAAAGGCAUUGAAAAAAUUCCGAGCUCAACUCAAACGCAUUAGCGACAUCAUUGACCAACGGAAUGAGGAGAGAGAAGAAAAGUAUCUCUGGCUCCAUCCGAGAGAAGUGCCAAACUCUAUCACAAUCUAGAUCUUCGACAUUUGGCCUAAGAACCUUUACCUCUAGUAAUGAUGAAAUUGAAUGUGAUGAUGGCUACAUGAUAGGUUGAAUGAAUUAAUGAAUGAAUAAAUGAAUGAAUGAAGAAAUGAUUGAAUGAAUGAAUGAUUGAAUAAAUGAAGCUAGGAAUAAAUCAAUAUAUCGAUCGAUGGUUGAAAAGACCAAUUUUGAUUGAUUGAUUGAUUGAUUGAUGGAUUUAUUGAUUGAUUAAUUGAUUGAAUAAUUGAUUGAUGAUCGAUUGAUGAGUCUGUUAUUUAGUUCGGUUGAUUAAUUGAAUGGUUGGUAGGUUGGUUAAUAAGACAAGAAACACAAGAUAUAAUAUAAAUCAUAAUGCAUGAACUUAUGUCAAAAUAUAGCAAAUAAAAGCCAAAAUGGUUCUCUAUUUGACAUGUCGUCCUUAUAGGUAACAAGUAUUUAACCAUUUGGUUUUUUAGUAUGCAUGGUAUAUGAGUACCAUACAGCUAGAAGCUGUAACAGUUACAAUACAAUCAUGUUAUCAAAACGUCAGCCUCAUUAGUGGUACAUUUUAAUGUUGAGUAUGAUGAAAUGAUUAAUUUUAAUCAUCGUUAUGUAUUUUUAUUCAAAUGGAUAUGUGGGAGAUCAGUACUAAUAAUUGUGAUUAUACAUGCUUAUAUGAGCGCUUACCACUCACUUUAUCAGAAGUAUCUACGCGCUCGACAGUAAUGCAGCAAUUGCACAAUCCUGGCUUCAAGAUGUGAAGCCUAUAUUAUCAUCUGUAUCGUUGUACAUAAAAUGACCUGAUCGGGCUAAAACGUUCAGAUGAAAUUUCUCUACAACAGUUUCUGAAGUCUUGCUAAAAUCGAUAUACGAUCUAAGGCAUUUUAAUUAACGGAAGAAAAAACCCAUCGAACAUGAACCUACAAACGAUUUUCGUUUAUAUCAUGAUUGCAUGAUGAAUGUAGAAGUAUUGUCAGAAAAAGGUUGAUGAAGACAACUCUUCUUCUAUUUUUAUUAUAAUACCAUAUUUUUUAAAAGAUUUCAUUGCUUUGUGAUUACAUUUGGACAUGUAUGUACAUAGCAUAUUUCGUUUCCUGUAUGAGCGGUGUUUGUCUUUUAGAAUGUAGAAGAUAUGCAAAGUUUUGGGGCUAACUUAAAAUGAUUAAUAUUCUAUAUUUUUGUUAUGACUGGGGUUGAAACAGUAAACCCGUAGUUGCUAUUCUUGUUCAUAUUUGUAAGAUAGACCUAUUAUAACCAAUAUGUAAGGUGAUAUAUACGCCGCAUUCUGUACAUUUUGAGGGGUUUUGUUAGGCAAAAACCGUAAAAACAGAAUAAUUCUUUGUGUUUGUAUAAUAAGGAUUUCGGCCAGUUGUCAUACAUUUCCAACACUUCUGGUGGAAAUCUUGUAUGUAAAUUACACACGAGAUGGGCUAAUUUUAAGCAACAUUAUUCCACGUUUUACUCAGUUUGGCCAAGGAAUGGGCUUGCAUUAGGUCGUUCUUAUGUUUUCAUUUGGAAAUGUUAAUUGGAUAUUUUCAAUAUUUUCCCUAGGAUUUGCUUUACUUAUGACGUAGUGAUGAUUCUUAUUCCAUAUCAUUUAUACACACUUACCGUGGUUUGAUUUAAAUGCUGAAAUACGACAAUGAAUAAUGUGAUAAGUACUGGUGUUAAAUGAUCGUCGUAAAAAUGACGAAAUAUGUAUUUGUUUUACUAAGCGUGCCGAGAAAGUCCUCGGCUGGGGGGAAUGAUAUAUAUG